AUUCGGUUUUGAAUUCACGAUCAUCAUGUCUGGUCGCGGCAAAGGAGGAAAAGGUCUAGGAAAGGGAGGCGCGAAGCGUCAUCGCAAGAUCCUUCGGGAUAACAUCCAGGGCAUCACCAAGCCCGCCAUUCGUCGUCUCGCUCGCCGUGGUGGAGUCAAGCGAAUCUCUGGCCUUAUCUACGAAGAGACCCGUGGCGUUCUCAAAGUCUUCCUUGAGAACGUCAUCCGUGAUGCGGUCACCUACACCGAGCACGCCAAGCGCAAGACUGUCACCGCCAUGGACGUGGUCUACGCUCUGAAGCGACAAGGCCGAACCCUGUACGGAUUCGGCGGCUAGACUAUCUAGUCAACUUUAACAAACAACGGCUCUUUUAGGAGCCACCACAUGCAACGAAAGUCAUGAUCGAACGCAUUCAAAUAUUCCUAGUCCCAGGCGUUCUUACCGGGUUUCCUGUGCUCAGAGAUAAACCGUGAGGUAGCCGGGGGCCUGGGACGAUCUCACCCACAGAACGCCUAGUGAAAUUCGCUAAAAAGUUCCUGAUUUCUCAAAACGGUCCCUGAUUUUACAUUGCCUACGCAUCGACCUCACGGCUUAGAUAUUUGUCAUUUCACGACUUAGGGCUUGUUGACCGAGAAAGGAAAGCAUCCUCUGCACAUCUGGAGGUUUGUUUGCUGCUUUUUCCAUCGUAAAAGUUUGCACGAAGCUACGAAUUUUGCAGAAAAUUGAAUCGAGACUUGUUUUGAUCGUCGCUGGAAUCUACUCCGCAUUUGUCAAAAUCUUCCCCAUGCCACUUUCCUCUUGUUACAGCUAAGUUGUUCUCAUUUGUAUUUCUUUUUAUUUCUUCUGCGAGUUAUGUUUCCAUGUAUUACUAAAGUUAUUUUAAUAAAUGUGGAGAAGUCAAGAAUCGAAA